CUAAUAAAAAAAAAAAAUAAAAAGAAACCCGCCAAAAGCCCAUACCGGUGCCGUCGACAAGCCGCUUCAUGUUCCAGACUGAACGGCCAAACGUCCGUUCCUUUCUCAUUAUUCAACGCCUCGACUUUUGUCCCUCGUCAACCAGGAAAUGAAGAGAGCUCAGCAAGUCAAGCGAGCUGCGAAAUCCAGGAAGGCGAGUCGACCUAGCGAACCCGGCGCUGAUCACCUGGAAAUUCGGCCGAGUCAGCGCCUGAAAUCUGUAACCAUUAGGGCCAAAGCCAAGUCAUGCCAAUCUCAACCCCAAACCAAAAUUCUUUCUCUUCCAAUCCGAAAUUCGUACCCAUUAUCUUUCGAUAAAAUGAGAAUAUUGCCCCUCGAUUUCUUUCAAAUUGACGCUCUUGAUCUUGCUCCACGCUUGCUAGGCAAGUUCCUCAAGAGAGAUGAUGUUGUUCUUCAGAUUACUGAGGUUGAAGCUUACAGGCCUAAUGAUUCAGCUUGUCACGGUAGAUUUGGUAUCACAGCAAGAACGGCUCCAGUUUUUGGACCAGGAGGGCAUGCGUACGUUUAUCUUUGCUAUGGUCUCCACACAAUGCUUAAUAUCGUUGCAGACAAGGAAGGAGUUGGUGCUGCAGUCUUGAUACGAUCUUGUGCCCCCAUGAGUGGGUUGGAUACCAUUCAGCAGCGUCGAAGUCAGAAAACUGAAAAGCCUGUUCUUCUUACUGGGCCUGGGAAGAUUGGUCAAGCACUGGGGAUUUCAACGGAAUGGUCUAAUCAUCCCCUUUAUACGCCUGGUGGUUUAGAACUGCUUGAUGGACCAGAGCCUGAAAACAUACUGGUAGGUCCACGUGUUGGCAUUGAAUAUGCUUUACCAGAACAUGUUAGUGCAUUGUGGAGAUUUGCCAUUGGUGGUACCCCUUGGAUAAGUGCUCCUAAAAAUACCCUGAGACCACCUUGAUCUUUGAAGCAAUUAGCUUUUUUAGGAGUUGUACAGAACACCCUCUAUCUUAAACCUUUCAAGUAUCACUUCCUAGGUUCCUUUCUUAUGGUGACUGAUGCAUGAAUGCAAUGAAUAUGUGAAGCUUGU